AUGGACGACGGCGAAAUCAACAUCAACCCUGAGGACAUCAACCGCCUCUCCGACCGCGAAAAGCGCGAACUCCAAAUCUUCCUGCAGGGUGAAACACAAAAAGCGCAGGUCCAGAAACAAAUCCACGAAUUGACGGAAAUGUGCUUCAAGAAAUGCAUCACGGGCUCGAUAUCCUCUGGGAAACUGGCGGGAAAGGAGGAGGGUUGCAUGACGAACUGUGUGAAUCGCCUAUUUGAUUCGAACCUGGUCAUUUUGAAGCAUUUGGAGGCAUUGAGGCAGCAGCAGUGA